AGGUACACAUUAUUGAUCCUUUUAGAAAAUGAGUAAUAGUCACAGGAACACAUUAUUACGCAUUCUACUCGAAAGAUUCUAUAAAGGUUUUUUUUUUUUUAUAUUGUCGGCAAUAGAUCUUUAAAGUUAAUAAGACAUGAUUGCUUCCACAAUCCACAUACACAGAAAAAAUUAGAUCUUAACCCAUGUUUCACAAAUUUCCUGUCACUCUUUGUUCUUUUCUUACAAUAAAUAACUAUAAACCAACUUGUUUGUCACUUAUAUGAGCAUUGACUUAGGUUGUUUUUUGUCAUUAUUUUGAACAGUACCAAAAACUGUAAACUAUUUAUUAGUUUGUCCAGACGCACAGUAUCUCACAACCCCACCAUGCAUGUCCUAUCUCUUUCUUUAUCCUCAAUAUUCUUGUAUCUCUUCCUCACAUCAACCAUUCCCAUUUCUCCGGCCAAACUAACAAUCUCUCACCCCCCGGCACUAAGGCGCCUCCACCACAGAGAGCUCUCCGGCGAUUACUACUCCAAGAAAUGUCCUCAGCUCGAAAAUCUCGUCGGUUCCGUCACUUCUCAGCGGUUCAAAGAAGCCCCCAUCUCAGCUCCAGCCACCAUUCGCCUCUUCUUUCACGACUGCUUCGUUGAGGGUUGUGAUGGGUCGAUAUUGAUAGAAACAAAGAAAGGAAGCAAGAAAUUAGCAGAAAGAGAAGCAUAUGCGAAUAAGGAAUUGAGAGAAGAAGGAUUCGAGAGUAUUAUUAAGGCAAAGGAAUUGGUCGAAUCUCAUUGCCCUUCUCUCGUCUCUUGCUCUGAUAUUCUCGCUAUCGCCGCUAGAGAUUUCAUCCACCUGAUUCUUUGUGGUCGAUCAUGUUGGUGAUGAGUUACGACUACUCUCAAUGCUAGAUGCUUUGGUAACAAGUUAAUUUCUAUAUAAUAUGGAUUUUCCACUUACAGAUUUGGAAUGUCAGAUUUUGUGAGUUGAAAAACUAUUUAUGUUUCAAAGUGUAUAUCUAAGCUAUACAAAAGAAGUAUAUUUGACAUCUUUUUCUCUUUUUAUAUUUGAGACUGUAGCCAUUAAGAGUAUAAAAUAUCUGCAAAAGAUGAAGACCAACAUAGAGACACCAAUUUGUAUCAAAAACAGGCAAUUACUCAUUUGACUAACUCUGGUUGUGUUAUACGUACGUUUAUUAUUCUUUCAAUUUGCUAACGACCUUAUAUGUGACUAUUUAGUAGAGCUGCUGAUUUGUAUAGGCAGAUUCUUCAGCUAAAGCCAUUGCUGGAGUACUUUAUUAA